AUGGCAGGCUGGAUCCAGGCACAGCAACUUCAAGGGGAUGCUCUCCGCCAGAUGCAGGUCCUCUAUGGACAACACUUCCCCAUUGAAGUCCGUCACUAUUUGGCUCAGUGGAUUGAGAGUCAGGCCUGGAAUUCCAUUGACCUGGACAAUCCCCAGGACAGUGUCCAAGCUGCCCAGCUCCUAGAGGGUUUAAUCCAAGAGCUGCAAAAAAAGGCUGAACACCAAGUGGGCGAAGAUGGGUUUUUACUGAAGAUCAAACUAGGCCAUUAUGCAACUCAACUUCAGAGCACAUAUGACCGCUGCCCCAUGGAGUUGGUCCGAUGCAUCCGCCACAUAUUAUAUAAUGAACAGAGGCUGGUCCGAGAAGCUACCAAUUGUAGUUCUCCAGCUGGGAACCUGGCUGAUGCUAUGUCCCAGAAACACCUGCAGAUCAACCAGACCUUUGAGGAGCUGCGACUGGUCACUCAGGACACAGAGAAUGAGCUGAAGAAGCUACAGCAGACUCAGGAGUAUUUCAUCAUCCAGUACCAGGAGAGUCUCAGAAACCAGGCUCAGUUUUCCCAGCUGUCACAGUUGAGUCCCCAGGAACGCUUGACAAGGGAAACAGCACUUCAACAGAAGCAGGUGUCCCUGGAGGCCUGGCUGCAGCGUGAGGCCCAGACUCUCCAGCAGUACCGAGUGGAGCUGGCAGAGAAACACCAGAAGACCCUUCAGCUGCUCAGGAAGCAGCAAACCAUCAUUCUGGAUGAUGAGCUGAUCCAGUGGAAGAGGCGGCAGCAGCUGGCAGGGAAUGGAGGGCCCCCAGAGGGCAGCCUGGAUGUCCUGCAGUCUUGGUGUGAGAAGUUGGCAGAGAUCAUCUGGCAGAAUCGGCAGCAGAUCAGGCGGGCAGAGCAUCUCUGCCAGCAGUUACCCAUUCCUGGACCUGUAGAGGAGAUGUUGACUGAGCUCAAUGCCACCAUCACAGAUAUCAUCUCCGCACUGGUGACCAGCACCUUCAUCAUUGAGAAGCAGCCCCCUCAGGUCCUGAAGACGCAGACCAAGUUUGCAGCUACAGUGCGUCUCCUGGUGGGUGGGAAGUUGAAUGUGCACAUGAACCCCCCUCAAGUGAAGGCCACCAUCAUCAGUGAGCAGCAGGCCAAGUCUUUACUGAAGAAUGAGAACACUCGAAAUGAGUGCAGUGGAGAGAUCUUGAAUAAUUGCUGCGUGAUGGAGUAUCACCAGGCAACGGGCACCCUCAGUGCCCACUUCAGGAAUAUGUCGCUGAAGAGGAUCAAACGGGCUGACAGGCGGGGUGCUGAGUCAGUGACGGAGGAGAAAUUCACAGUCCUGUUCGAGUCUCAGUUCAGCAUUGGGGGAAAUGAGCUUGUGUUUCAAGUUAAGACUCUAUCCCUUCCAGUGGUGGUCAUUGUUCACGGGAGCCAGGACCACAAUGCCACAGCAACGGUGCUAUGGGACAAUGCAUUCGCUGAACCUGGCCGGGUGCCAUUUGCUGUACCUGACAAAGUAUUGUGGCCCCAGCUGUGUGAGGCUCUCAACAUGAAGUUCAAGGCAGAAGUCCAAAGCAACCGAGGCCUGACAAAGGAGAACUUGGUGUUCUUGGCUCAAAAACUGUUCAACAGCAGCAGCAACAACAUGGAAGACUACAACAACAUGGCCAUCUCUUGGUCCCAGUUCAACAGGGAGAACUUACCAGGCUGGAAUUACACAUUCUGGCAGUGGUUUGAUGGGGUGAUGGACGUGCUGAGGAAACAUCACAAGCCCCAUUGGAAUGAUGGGGCUAUCUUGGGUUUCGUGAACAAGCAGCAGGCUCAUGACCUGCUUAUCAACAAACCUGAUGGGACCUUUCUGCUUCGAUUCAGUGACUCUGAAAUUGGAGGGAUCACCAUUGCCUGGAAGUUUGACUCCCCGGAUCGGAACCUAUGGAACCUGAAGCCAUUCACGACAAAGGAUUUCUCCAUCCGAUCCUUGGCUGACCGCCUGGGAGACUUAAAUUAUCUCAUCUAUGUGUUCCCCGACCGACCCAAGGAUGAAGUUUUCUCCAAGUAUUACACUCCUGUACCCUCUCCAUCCAAAUCCAGUAAAGCUGUGGAUGGAUAUGUGAAACCACAGAUCAAGCAGGUGGUCCCAGAGUUCAUCAGUGCAUCUGCAGAUUCUUCAGGGGGCAGUGCCACAUUCAUGGAUCAGGCCCCAUCCCCAGCUGUGUGCUCCCAGUCUCAUUAUAACAUGUAUCCCCAGAACCCUGACUCUGUCCUUGACCCUGAUGAGGAUUUUGACCUGGACGAAACCAUGGACGUAGCGAGACACGUUGAAGAACUCUUAAGCCGACCAAUGGACAGUCAGUGGAUCCCUCACACCCAGUCAUGACUCCCGACCCCUCCAGUCCAUGUCUCAUGGCCCUGCUCCCUCUCCUCACUGGUAGAUGGGUGUUAAAUUCCACUCGUCCUCUGUGUUUGGAGACAAUACUCAUAACUCCAAGUGUUGAUGGUUGCUGGGACUUCAGCAUUUCUGUGUCUGUGAUGCCAGUGAGGUGGGUGGCUUUGCACCCUAGUGGCUUCUUCCCCCUACUGUCUAGUGUUUGCCGGCAUCUUCAGGGCCUUGGGGACCGUCACUCCUUCCUCUUGUCUAAAAGCCAGUCCAUAAGCUUUGAUUGUGGAGAGGGAGAGAAGGGGGUGGGGUAGGAAAUGUUCUCUUUCUCUCCUUUGCCUAAAUAGCAGCUGUGGGUGGGGCAGGAGGGACUGUCUGAGUUCUCUGGGCGUGAGGCAGGACAUAAUUGGCCCAUAUACCAGUUGGGUAGUCUGAGUGGUUCCCCAAAUGUACAUGUGUGUCUACAUGUCCACUUGUCCUGGC